UUUGACCUUUCGGCCAUGGGCAAUCAAACGAGCAAAGAUCCCAAGACGGCCCUUUCUGGCUUGACCGAUACCGAACGCAACGCCCUUACAUCUCUCUUCGAAUCAGCCCACGAUGCCAAGUCACAGUCCGUCACUCCUGCAUCCGUCACUCCUGCAUCCCUCGCUUCACACCUUUCCCCGAUUCUCCCAGCGACACUUCGACAAGCAAUUGCAUCCCUCGCUAGCCGGUUGUCUGACGGAAAGGGCAAGACAGUCUCGUUCAGCGGAUUAGCUGCGACUGUGAGAAUUAUUGUUUUUGGAAGCGUGUUGGAGAAACAGCGUCUCGUUGACGUUUAUGCUACCUUGGUAGAGCCGGCUGGGACUAGGGAGUUUGUGAAGGAUUUGGCUGCGGGUGUGGGAAUUGGCGUAAAUAACAAGAAAGCCCAUGUGCCGACUGAUCGAUUUGUUGAUUUUCUACUUGAAAAAUGCUGCCCUUCUACGAAUGUGACAGAGGAUGUAUUUAGUUCAUCAAGUAAUAAGUCACCUCUGGUUAUCCCACCUCUCUCCGAGUUUUGCACCUGGUUCCCGCGCAACGCAUACCUCCAAGUCCUGUGGGAUGCCCUCUUUACUUCCGCAUUCUUUGGCGCCGACUCUUCCACCUCUACCCUCCAGAUCCCGACAUUGACGGCGCCAUCAACUCUGCUCACAGUUGAAGAUUUGUUUAUUUUGCAUUCAAACAUGGCUUCAGAAUUCAAGGAAAGCAGGGAAUGGGUACAGAGAUUUGCUAGCGAUAAGCAUGGAAAGAGCUGGACGGUAUUUAUGAAUAGUGUUGAGGAUUGCGGAGCGGUCUUGGUUGCCGUUCGGGACAAAGAUGGACACAUAUUUGGCGGCUUUGCGUCCAAAGACUUUAAAUUGAACCCAAAGUUUUACGGCGACAAUACCAGCUUUGUGUUCUUUCUGCGCCCAAAGAUAGGGGUCUUCCUGCCCACUGGAUACAACGACCACUACCAAUAUUUUAAUUCGGGGACGCAGACAUUACCAAAUGGAAUGGGAUUUGGGGGACAGCUCAAUUAUUUUGGCCUGUGGAUUGACGCAUCUUUCGAAUCCGGUCACUCAAAAGCGGAGCCCAAGUCAACCACCUAUGACAAUCCCCGUCUGAGUAAACAGGAGGAGUUUACAAUAGAUUUUGUGGAAGCUUGGUUAAUCAAGCCUAAAGAAGUGGAUGAGAGAUUAGUGACUAAAAAGGGCAAAAAGAGCGUACUGGACGACGACAGUGCUGCAGCUAUGCUGGAGAUGGGCGGGAGGCGACUAUAUUCAAAAGAGAUUGGGAGAGACGAAACGAAAGAGGAAGAUGAAGAGGAAAGUAACGAUAGCUAAAUUUUACCAUUGCUUUUCUAUCAUGUACAUAGAGUGCCAAUUGAACACAGGUCGUUCAU